GAAUAUUCAUGACAUAGGUCUGCCGAGUCCGACGUGCCUCACCCUGCUGUUUGUGUCUGCGUCUGGCUCAUCGCUAGAGAAUGUGGGAUGUGAAGUCAUGUAAUAUCUGCCUUUCAGUCUUUCACCGGAAGAGAACCCAUAGCAGAUGAAGACAGGGCAGUGCUUUGCUUGGUAAGUAAAGUUUCCAACGAGUCACGUUGAUGAGGAAACUUGCAGCAGCUGUGCGUAAUUGCGCGCCUAUCUGAAAAAGUUAGUCAGUUCCUUUUCUUUCUUCAAUGUUUUAACUUGGAUGCAGGCCAGGUCUAACUGUCAUUUUAAAACCACUCCUCCUCUUGAGAAUUUGUUAACAUCUCUGCUCUGCUGGGUGCUAUUUCAGGUCAUUUGGAUCCGGUUACAGCUGCAGUCGAAGAACUUGCCAAACAGGUUCUGGUACCGCCUUAAAUACAUCUCUAUAUAAACGCGCCCCGGUCUUCCCACAAACUAGAAACUACAAGAAGCGCACAAACACUCCUCAGAAAGGGGAACUCUAUCAUCAUCACCGCAACUCGCCUGAUUCACAGGACAGCCAAUCCGUGCCUCAGCAUUACAGACAAGCAGCUGCCCUCUUAAUCCGAUCAACCCGGAAUUAAAGCAGGACACUCACAGAGGAGACGCAACCAGACAAGAACUCGGACUCGCUUUCAUUUUAGCUCCAAAGAGUAACAAACAAACUCGCCAAGAUGAUGAUGCAGCUGACAGAAACACCUAACCAGAAAAACUCCCUCUUCAACGCCAUGAACCGCUUCAUCGGCGCCGUCAACAACAUGGACCAGACCAUCAUGCUGCCCAGCAUGCUCCGGGACGUCCCGCUUGAGGAGGACCGGGAGUUGAGCCACCUGAAAACAGAGGAAGAGGAAGGGGACAUGUACAGCUACUACCAGCUGCUCAAAUCCAUCCGCAGGGACAUCGAGUGGGGGGUCAGGUGCGCUGCGGCUGACGAGAGGCGCAUGGAGAAAAUGAAGAUCACCCGCAUGAACUCUUCCGCGUCCACCUCUUCCUCUGCAUCAACUUCAUCAUCAUCAUCAUCCGAGGAGGAAGACGAGGAGGAGGACGAGGAUUUGGAGAAGACGUUCCAGUACCACCUCACCGGGCUGCAGGAUGUGCUGUCCAAGCUGACACAGCAGGCAAACUGUCUCACCAAGCGCUACAAGCAGGAGAUUGGAAUCGGUGGAUGGGGCCAGUAAACCCUGAAAAAUGGACUUCUUAUCUCACUGGCUGAACUGAUUUCUUUUGAAAGGCCUUUUUAUGCUGCUGUUUACACUACUGAUGAAAUACAAGGACAAAGAUUUGAAUGGUAGAGAAAAAGGCAGCUUAAUCUUCUCUUUAGGCCUACAUGGUGUUGGUCUACUCUGUGGUAUGGACUGUAGAUGUGUUGAUCCCCGAGAACGCCUUUGUGUACUAACAACAAACUUUUAUUUUUUUGCACUCCAUUGUGUUGUACACAUCAUGCAUUCGGCUCCUGUGAUACACAGAUGAAACGUAUUUAUACCUUUUUAUUUAAUGUAAUUUAUUACCUCAGAUUGUGUGUCUUAGAGCCACAUGUAAUUUCAAAAACAAGAGAAGAAGAAGACUGCAUGAACUACAGGACCAGCUGUCUGAACCGCCUCUCUGUGGGGGUAUACUGACAGAGGAUUCGGCUCUCUGUCUGCACAGCUGAUGAUGUCAGUGUGUUCAGAUGUGUGUCUGUGUCUGUGUGUGACCAGUCUGUCUUUGAAUCUAAUGUGUCCAUGUCUUUAAAUUCUGCUCACAUGGAAGGAGGCAGAUGCUUAGUGUAGCCGCCUGUGAUCUCCUCAUGUCCUACAUGGUCAGUGAACCAGAAUCAUCUGCAGAGAUAACAAUGAGGUUUUUCUACAACAUGCUUUUGUUGUUGUCUUUUACUUGCUGUUUUCAUGGUAUUACUGGAGAUGUCCAUCUGUUAAAAUAAGGAAAUGCUUUUAUAUGCACCUUCUGCACAAUUUUUGUACUGAUAUUUUGUUUCAAAAAUAAACUUUUAUAUGAACUUAAU